AUGAGAUGUGUGAUCGACAAGUUCAAAAAUGAAGAAAACAUGCGCGGCUCGGAGAACUUUUCGAAUAAAUUCAACGUCACGUGCGAUAAGAUCAACGAUAAGCCCCACGACACUCACAGCAGGGAAUCAUCUCCUCCAAUUCAAUUGAUUCGACGGAAGAUGACUAAAUUCAGACCAUGCAUUGACCUGCACUCAGGUCAGGUCAAGCAGAUUGUGGGUGGCACCCUCAGUACGGUGGCUGCAGACUUGAAGACCAACUACGUAUCCAAACUGCCGGCCAGUCACUAUGCGGGAUUAUAUCAGAAGCACGACCUACGCGGGGGGCACGUCGUGAAGCUUGGACCUGGAAACGAAGAAGCUGCCCAGGAAGCAUGCAAAACUUGGCCAGGUGGCUUGCAAGUGGCCGGAGGCAUUACCGACAAGAAUGCGCAAUACUGGAUCGACCAAGGCGCCGACAAGGUGAUCAUCACAUCAUUCCUCUUUCCGGGAGGCAAGUUCUCCCUCGAGCGUCUCCAAUCAGUCCUCUCUUCCUUGAAUGGCGACAAGUCUAAGCUUGUGUUGGACUUGAGUUGCCGCAGAAAGGAUAACACAUGGUUCGUCGCAAUGGACCGUUGGCAAACCAUCACCGAGAUGGAGAUCAACCAGGAAUCAAUCUCUCUUCUCGAGCCAUACUGUGCUGAGUUCUUGAUUCACGCCGCAGAUGUAGAGGGCCUCCAACAAGGAGUCGAUGAGGAGCUCGUCUCGCGAUUGGCUGAGUGGUGUACCAUCCCAGUGACCUAUGCAGGUGGCGCACGUCAUUUGCAGGACUUGGAAAAAGUCCACCUGAGCAGCAAGGGAAAAGUCGACUUGACGAUUGGCAGUGCCCUGGACAUCUUCGGCGGCUCUGGAGUGACGUUUGAUGAGUGCAUCAAGUGGAACAAGACGCACUGA